GAAGGAAGAAUGGAGUUUCCAGACCAUAGCCGCCAGUUGCUGCAGUGUCUGAGUCAGCAGCGUCACCAGGGCUUCCUGUGUGACUGUACUGUUUUAGUUGGAGAAGCUCAAUUCAGAGCUCACAGAGCCGUUCUUGCCUCUUGCAGUAUGUACUUCCAUCUUUUCUACAGGGACCAGUUAGACAAAAGGGAUAUUGUGCAUCUGAACAGUGACAUUGUCACAGCCCCUGCCUUCAGCCUGCUGCUCGAAUUCAUGUACGAGGGAAAGCUGGAAUUCAACAGUCUCCCAGUGGAAGAUGUGCUGGCUGCGGCGAGCUACCUUCACAUGUAUGACAUUGUGAAAGUCUGCAAGGGCAAGUUGAAAGAUAAAGAAUUAUGUUCGGAAGAGAAGAUUAAUGAUGAGGCGGCUAGUUUGGAGAAAACGGAGCAUUUUCUAGACGCCGGAGUGCCCCUGGUCCACGAGUUUGACCCAGGAAACAAACAAAAAUUCAGCGUUGCAGAAUACGAGAGAGCAGCAGGCAAAGAAAAGGUCAGCAGUCACCCCGCCUGGUCCUCUGAUCAUAUAAGUGUCAGCUCUGUGCCGACAGAGGCAGAACCGUGCGCCGCAGCAGCUGGAAAAACAAAGGCUAAUGUCAAUAGUUCCACAGGACCUUUGUCCCAAAGGUCUGUUAACCAUCCCCUGGCUUCGAGUGAUGUGGACUGCGCGCUGGAUUUGUCUUUCAAGCCCGUGCCGGGGAGAGAUUCCUUACACCCCUCCUAUGUCUUUGGACAGCUGGCUUCCGACAGCCAGCAGCAGGGUACCGAGCCACUUGUUAAAGAUGAACAAGACUUGCUGUCAGAUCAGGAGGACAGCGAAGCCAGGAGUCCAGAGAGUCAGCAUUUUGGGAAUUCAGCCAAGAGCCUAGUGACAGGGUUAGGACACAUGUUCGCGGGGAAUGGCAGCUCUCAUGCCCGAGAGGAGGAUAUAGAUCAAGAGCGAGACGAGAGCGAGGACGACAUGGAUUCGUCGGACAUCUCCUCGGGCGUCCUGGUGCCUCCUGGGCAUAUCUGCAUUUGUCCCCUCUGUAGCAAGGUGUUCCCGAGCCCGCACAUCCUUCAGCUGCACCUGAGCUCUCACUUCCGCGACAAGGACGGCUCCCGGACCCGCCUGUCCCCCGACGGGUCGGUCCCCACUUGCACCCUCUGCGGAAAGACUUUCUCCUGCAUGUACACGCUAAAGAGGCACGAGAGGACUCACUCGGGGGAGAAGCCCUACACCUGCGGCCAGUGCGGGAAGAGCUUCCAGUAUUCCCACAACCUGAGCCGCCACGCGGUCGUGCACACCAGGGAGAAACCCCACGGGUGCAAGUGGUGCGAGAGACGCUUCACGCAGUCCGGGGAUCUCUACAGACACAUCCGCAAAUUUCAUUGUGGCCUUGUCAAGUCCUUGGUUGUUUGAGAUGCGUGACUUUGGUUUGGUUCGGUUUGGUUGUUUUUUUUUGGUUUGUUUUUUAUUUUUAUAAG